CAUUUAUACACUCUAUUGUCAAACGUUUCCGAAACAGUCGCGUUCUGUGGCGUAUCUUGCUGUUCUGAACCGCGCACUUUGUAAUGUCGUGACCUCCCGCGGCACAUUGCAUUCCGAAGUCAUUACACUUAAAUAAAGCCUGCAAAUUAUUAAACGCGUUACGAGGAAAGCUAAUGGCGAAGUUUUAAUAUGAAAUGCGAACGGCUCUUGAGAUGUAAAUAGUUUGCGAAACAGUGCUUUGACGAGGGUCGCGGGACCGGUAGUUUGAACGUCGGAAGUCUCGAUAUAGACAAAACGGCCUUGAUUUCCGAGGUAAACAUUCAAUCUGACAAUCAUGCUCGCGACCCAGCCAGCCGACGAAGGCCGAGCGAAGAUGUCUGAAUCGACGAACGAAGUUAUAAAAUUUGAUGUUGUCGUUGUUGGUUCGUGUAUGACAGACCUUGUGAGGUAUGGGCUUUGUUAAAUUUCUUCUCCACAUGCUUUGCUGCGAAAGCGAAGCGCAAUAUGGUUUUAAUUUUUGUACGAUCUUCUGUUGUAGUUAUGUCAGCCGUCUACCGAAAGCCGGCGAGACACUACAUGGCAGCAAAUUUUCUAUGGGUUUCGGCGGCAAAGGAGCGAAUCAGUGCAUAAUGGCUGCCCGUUUAGGUUGCGACACUGCAAUGGUUGCGAAGGCAAGUAUAAUUUUUAUAACUCUCGUGUUAAGGGCUUUUUGAACAGCCUUACAACAUGCGAAGCAUGCUAUUAAAUUGCUAAUAUGAGGUAAUAUAUUAAAACGUGACACGAUAAUUUUAUAUAGAUUUUAUUUUGUUAUUUAAUAAUUGCUUGCAAAUGUUACAGCACAUCCUAAACCCAAGUUUAUUAUAAACCAUCUUUACAAUACUGUUUCAACUUUGCAACAUUGUUUUCGCCUUUCAAGUUUUGCAUUUAUCAAAGGGUUGCCAUGCACAUAUAGUCGCUGCAAUAACAAUGCUAUUUCACAUUUAUAUGUAAACUAUUGGCAUUGUGUUGACAGCAACGCAUUCGCGUGUUCUCUCAGACAGCUCAUUAAUUACAAAAUAUAAUUUGAUGUUUUUGUAUUUGGCCUUCAAGGAUUGUCUUUUAUUUGUUCCCCUACUUCCAAUCGAAAAGCAUCCAAUGAAAACGACUUGACACUGACUAAAAUGCGAGCCUCGUUAGGUUUCAUAUAAAAUGCACAUAAACAUCCUGAUUCGGGUCAAAAAGUUGCAGUAAUGACAGUAAUCAUCAUUGUACUCGUUACAAAAAGUUACUUUGUUACUGUACAAAUGUAAUUCUAUAAGAUGCAGGAUAAUUAAUGUACUGUAUUUCCUAUAUUUAAACAGAACGUAAUCAAAUUCGAUUAUUUCCCUUGCAUUCUUAUAGAACAUUGAGUAUUCUAUUAUUACCCCAGCAGGAUGCAUGCAUAAAGUAUCCCUUGCCAUUGAUAAAAGAACACUCCCUUUGCUAACACUGUGAAUAAAUCUAUGGUAUUGUUUACUUUCAUAGCAUGUAAAUUCGGCUCUAUCUCGUGUAUUUUUUGCUCCAAUGUAACACAAUCCCAUCAUCCUCAUGCCAUUAAUAGCCAGAGUACUUAGAUAAUUUUUAGGAAUUUUUGAAUUUUUGCAUGUAACUUUUACAAAAUGCCUCGAAUGUUAAAAUUUUUAGUACUGGCCAACAUAUAGACAUACAAGAACUGUGUGGCACAUCUAUUUAUCAAAUGUAACCCCCAACAUCUUAGCAUAAUAGUUCAAAACUGCAAUCUUUUGGUGGUCCAAAGAGUCAACAUUGUUUGACUCAACUAGGCCAGCUGUUUUGACAGUGCAAUAAAACUCUGACCUUUAAAUUCUAUUAUCUUUUUUGUAUAUCUAUAUGCAAUUUGCCAUUGUAAAGAUAUGCAUAAUUACACACAUCUGCCACUUAUUCUGUGCCCUAGUAAUGUUUACUUUUCUGUCUGUAUUCCAUAAUUUUGAGAUAAUAUCAUGCAUAACUAUCUGCCAUAUGCACUUGCUCCCAGCCACAUAAAAUGACAGCUUUGACAGUGAUAUAUCUAAUUGCUCACAACUGCUCAUAAAACAAUCAAUCUUUUUGCACAAAGGAGGUAAAAUUAUAAUCCGAUAGCUGGCAAUGUUAUGUUGCAAACCUGCCAUCUUCAAUAUGUCAAGUACAGUACACAUAUUUUGAGAGUAUAUGGCUUUUUGUACAUGAAAGCCCUAGAAUGAUAGGAUUGAAGCACUAUUCUUGCCGUAGUAAUGACAUUGUGUCAUUUUCUAAAGUUGAUUUGAUUUUAAUUAAGAAUGCAGUCGGUAAUUGAUCUGUUUCACAGGGGCUAGCUUUAGUAUGUUGGGCCAUUGCCAGAAAUGAUUGCAAAAAUAGAAAUUGUCUGGGAUCGACUAGUCAUAAAUAAUACUAACAGUUUGGUUUUAAUUAACCCGGCCAUAUAACUAUUAGGCUAAUUAUGUUUAUACGUACUGAGUAGCUCUAUCAGUUCUAAAGUAGAGGUUCUAGCUGACUUUAAACCUCUUAAUUGUCCAAUAGCAGAAAACCCAGAGAGCUAAAUAGAACCUACACUGUUUGGUAGAGCCGAACUAAAAAUCAAUUUUUGCAUGGAGAUGCCGCAUAAUGCAUAUUACAAGAGUCAAACACUGCAUCAACAACACUGAACACCCCUGUUGCUUGACGGUUAAUAUACAAUUAAGAUGCAGUUUCUCCAGCUGAUCUUGGGUUCUGCUGCAUAUUAAUGGAAAAAUAUAUUCAGGUAAUGAUGUUGUUAGAUGAGGCCCUGUUAGCCUAAGGGUAAAUUCCGACAGCCGACAUUGCCUUGAAAUAGUUGCAUAUAGAAAAUGAAAUCUUAUGGCAACAUUGGACACAAACUUCAUUGAAAUUGUGACAGCAACAUGGGAAAGAAAGAAAACAAUAGCAAAAUUCUGAAUGCGACGUAGCAAUGUUUUCAAGUAUUUUUAAGACCUACAUUAACCCAUUGAGUGCAAGCACUCUCUCCUUGACAGUUAAAUAUAAGUAAAAUUGUCUGGUGUUAGACAGAGUAAAAUAAUAAAGUAGGGCACAGUAGGGUGCAAUACAACUUAAUGGGUUGACUAGACACACAGGAAGAUAGUCUGAUUGACCCAUAAAGUGCCAAUGCUCCCUCCUUGACGAGUAAAAUUGUCUGGCAUUAGGUGCAAUGCAAUUUAAUGGGUUAAUAGUUAUAUUUAACAUUAGGAACAUUGGCACUGAUAUUCUUGUUAACAUUUUAAUGCCCAAUACUUUCCUUUUGACAUGUAAAAUCAUGUGGUGUUUGGCCCAAGUAAAAUAGCAUUGUAGCUUAAUGGGUUAAUUAAUGGGUGAAUUCUACAUUGAUCAUGUUCUUACUGAGUGUAUAUCUCUGAUUGUUUAGUUGGGUAAAGAUUCAUUUGGUGAGAGGUACAUGCAGAACUUCAUUGAUAACAACGUGGAUGUCAGUAAGUAUAGCUUAUUGUCAAU